AUGCGCAACGACGUCAAUGAUGAGGUGAAGGAUUUUUGCAUUGACUUCCUUAUUCAAUGUGAAUUUGCUAUAGCUGUGAUUAGCCAGAUCGAUCAGAAUCUACUGAAUAUGGAAAUUCCUCCGUUGCCGGAGCCAGUGAUGAGUGCAGAUGGAAGCGGACAGCGACUUAUGAUAACGAGCAUCGAUGUGGAAAAUUUCAAAUCAUAUUAUGGCAAACAUGUGCUUGGUCCAUUCCAUCAUAAUUUUACGGCAAUUAUCGGUCCAAACGGUAGUGGUAAGAGCAAUGUGAUUGACUCGUUGCUGUUUGUGUUUGGUUAUCGUGCUUCGAAAAUUCGUUCAAAAAAGAUAAGCGUUCUCAUUCACUCAUCAGCCGGCCGCGAAAACAUUUCCAGCUGUACAGUUGGCGUAAAUUUCCAGAAAAUCAUUGACUUGGGAGAAGUAGAACAGAUUGCGUUGAUGAAACCGAAAGCACUGAACGAAAAUGACGAUGGCAUGUUGGAAUAUCUGGAGGAUAUUGUCGGUUCUAGUAGACUCAAGGUUGGUGCUUUUCGUUUUUUCGGGUCAUCUUCAACAUUCGCCAUUCCUGACAGUCUCAUUUCAUGCGCAUCUUCACGCAGCUCCUUUUCCUCCAUCUUUUCCUUGGUUUCCAGUAUGGUGAUGCCUUACGACUUUUUUUUUCUUUUUUUUUAG